AUGGUGGACGAAGAAAAACAGGAAAAUUUAGCGAAUGCUCGGCGAAAGUUGAAAAAAUUUCGAGAUCAACAACAGCCAAAUCUACCCGAACCGAACGAAAAUAAUGUUCAUCCAUCUAAUACGCCAUCCGUUGAUUCAAUGAUGCAUCAGAACAUGAUACCACAAAGUAUUCCGAACUUCAUGAAUGAACAACAAUUUCCUCUCAAUGGAGCUUAUCAAGCCAUACCACAACUUCCUAAUGUGAAUUUCGAAAGACCACUAGAUCAACAACAUCAAUAUGGCGUAGUGAUUGAAAAUCCAAAACAAGACAAAAGUCAACGUUUGUCCAGCGAUGGAAGUAACAUGUCUCGUCGAUUCAGUCAAACUUCAGUCGAUGCCGAACAGAAACUACGUCGUGAUAACGAACAUUUACAAGAGCAACUUGAAAUGCAUAUGCAAACCAUAGGAAUCUUAGUUGCAGACAAAAGUGAUAUGUCAGCAAAGUUAACUCAAUCGUUUAAACAAUUAGAACGAAAACAGAGUGAAAUGGAUGAAUUGUAUGGACGUUUGAAAGCAUCGCGUGAACGCGUUCAAGAAUUAGAAAAAGAAAUUCAAAAUUCGACAUCGAAUGUACAAAAACGAGAAAUGGCAGCAAAAGAAUCCGAUAAAGAAAAUGAUCGAUUGAAAAUCGAAAAUAUCCGACAAAGUCAAUUAAUCGAAGAUCUUAAACAAACUAUCACUGAACUCAAUGGUAAACUUCACGAUCGACAAAUCAGUUUCGAUCAACUAAAUACCGAAUUGCAACAAUUGAAAAUCCAAUCUCAAUUGAACACCGAAACAUCAGAGGUGGAACAACACAUCAAAGAUUUACAACAAUCUAUCACAUUGAAAGAUACUCAGAUCGAAGAGCUUCAUUCAUCACUCAAUCGAAUUCGUUCCGAUAAUGAACAAUAUCAGAAGCACAACGCCGACAUGCAAUACCAUAUUCAAGAUUUGACCAAUCAAAUUAAUCAAUUAACACAAGCGAAUAAAAUACUUCAAGAUGAACAAAAUGAAAUGAAAUUAAAUGAUCGAAGUUCUGUAGUUGAAUAUGAUACUCUUCAACAGCAGAAUGAAUUAUUUCGAAAUGCGAUUGAUCAAUGGUCCAAUCGAUAUGAAGACCUUCGAGUUAAAUUAGAACAAAUGACCAAAUUAAUGAAUGAAAAAGACGAACUAAUCACAGAAUUAAAACAAUCGAAAGAUUCGCCAAGCGAAAAAAAUGACGAAGAAUAUACAAAAAAUCUAAAAAAUCAGCUUGAAAUUAUCGAAGAAUCGAAUAAACAAUUGAAUGAACGUCUCGAACAGAUUCAAUCGAAAUCGAUUAAUCAACAAGAAACUCAAACUAACAAUGAAAUAAGAUUUUCACCACCAUCAUCCACAGACUCGACUCACAAUUCCGAAACUUCAACUCAACUUCUCGAAACUUAUCAACAAAUUAUGCAUGAAAAUAUUGGAUUGAAAGAUCAAAUUCAACAUCUCGAACAUGUGAUUCUUCAAUUACAAAACGAAACGGACACCAUCGGUGAUUAUAUUCGUUUAUAUCAACAACAACGUGAACAACUUCAGAAGCGUUAUCAAGAAAAGGAUGAUUGUAUUUCACAAUUGACACAAGACAAAUGUCAUUUACAGGAGAAAAUUUCACAGUUAGAAACGUUAAUGAUUCAAACUUUAAAUAUUCCAGUCAAUCAAUCGAACUCAAAUGGCCAAUUAGAGACAAACCAUCAUCUAUUACCUCAAUUUACUGAUGAGACGAAAGCACGGAUACUAACGAUAAUCAAAGAAUUAGGACAGAAUAACAUUUCCGUCGUGCAAAAUAAGGAUUCAUCUGUCAAGUUAGCAUUUGUUGAUCAAAAUUUCUACAUAUGUUCGACGUGCUCAGGUGUUGUGCAACAUGUCUAA